AUGAUGAUUACCAUUACAGAUAAAUCUCUCGUUCAUUUUACUUUUCAUGAUAAUGAUGAUGAACAUUCAUCUACUACAACAAAAACAACAACAACAACAUUAGUACGACUAUUAUUUCUAUCGAACAAGCUGAGAGAAAAAUUCUCAUCACAACAAGAGGGAAAGUUAAAGUGGCUGAUUCGGAGGGAAACUAUUGUUCAUGAUUUGUACUAUCUUCCUAUUGAAUAUGCCAAUGAUGAAGAAACUAUUCAAAAAGUGUUUUCAAAACUGGUAAACAAUGGUUAUUUAAUUACAACGACUUGCUCAUUUGGAGGUGUGAGCCCAUUGGAAUAUCUAUUACCACGAAUUCAUCCAGAUCUGAUUAGGUUGGGCAUUAGAGAACAAUUACAAUGUCAUAUUAAGAAUUGCCAGAAAGAAACUAAUUCAAUCAAUAGUUACGCCAAUUCAAAAUAUCAAGAUAUCAAAAAGAGAGUUCAGGAUUGUGGAGGAUUGGCAAAUAUUGGAGAGGAUCUUGCAAUUGAAUAUAUGCAGUUUAUUGGAAAGGAUGGUGGAGUAUUGCGUAGAUUAUCUAAAUCUUUGAUUAAUGACAGAAGUUUUGUGUUGAAAGCUGUUGAGAUUUGUCCUGUUGACAUUUUCGCAGCUCCUGAUCAUUUCCAGAAUGAUAGAGAGAUAGUAAUCACAGCAUUACGCAAUGAUGCAUGGAUAUUGGAAAAUUUAGAACAUGCAUUUCAGGACGAUGAGGAUAUAUUUGAACUUGUUGCACGAACAGAUUUGGCAGCUCUAAUGUUUGCUUCUGAACGAUUGAGGAAUGAUACUUCUUUUAUAAUGAAAAUGUUUCGUAAAAUUGCACAAGAUAGUUCGAUGGACCAUAUGAGCGAAAGAGAAAUUGCUAUGCAUAUGGUCAAGAUGAAUGGUUUAUCUCUUCAGUUUCUCAAUGAGGAAUACAGAGAUGAUUUCGAAAUUGUUACUUGCGCACUGAAUAAUCAUUGUCACUCUCUUGCUUAUGCUUCUGAGAGAAUUAGAAGUGAUCGAGAUUUUAUGAAAAAAGCAAUUGAGAAGUACAGCGUUGUUUACUCGUAUGCUUCUGAUGAUUUACGAAAUAAUGAUGUUGAACUUGCUUUGAUUAGUAUAAGGGGAGGGAAUUGGAUUCCUGUUGAGCAUGAGAUGAACAGACAAGUUGUAAAAGAGGCUGUGAAAAAAUCAGCAUUACAAUUGACUAGAGUUCCUGAUGAAUUAAAAAGUUGUGCACCAUUCAUGUUUGAGAUUAUCAAUGAAACCACUGAACCAAUUUUGAAAUAUAUUACAAACGAAUUGAGAUUUUCUCAAGAUUUUGUAUUGGAAGCAAUCAGGAUAAGUAGCAAUAAUGUGCUAGAUCUUAGGAAUGCAGAAAUGGAUAAUAAGGAAUUUGCGAAAAAAGUUGCUCAACUAACUGGCUACACAUGUACAUAUAGAAACGACCUAUAUGAAGCAAGAAUGGAAUACAUGUUCCAUGGAGCAAAGUGCUAAAAUAAUGUAACUCUUAUAUCUAAUGUGAUUAUAUGAAAUAAAUUCAUUUCUUCUGGAACAACCACUCC